GGUGGGCGAGGCUGUGUGGUUUCCUUGGAUACCGAGGACGCGACUUCUUUGGAGAGGGUGGAGCUUUGAAGUGCGACUCAAGAGCUGUAACCCACAGAGAAAAAUAGCCUAAAUAAGGAUCGGGACGAAGGGAAGGGAAUUGUGAAAAAUGGAAGACAGCACCACAGACACAGAACAAGAAGAGGGAGAGGAGAAAGAUGAAAAGGAUCAAGAACACCCCAUUUAUGCCAUAGCGCCCACAAUUAACAUCCGAGAUGAGCGGUUGGUUGAUUUAUCUACAACUCCAGCUUUCAUUUGUCUGCAUGAGUUACAUGCUAUGGGAAAGCUUCCCGGAACCAGAAUGGCAGAGUUGAAAGCCAAGUACACCUUGCUGCAUGACACCGUGAUAAGCACGCAAGAGUCAGAGGUCCAGCUGCUACAGGAUGCCAAACGUUUCACAGAGCAAAUACAACAGCAGCAGUUUCACCUGCAGCAAGCUGACAAUUUCCCAGAGGCGUUCACCACCGAGGUCUCCAAGAUGCGAGAGCAGCUUCUCAAGUAUCAAAAUGAAUACAAUGCGGUGAAGGAAAGAGAGUUCCAUAAUCAGUACAGAUUAAAUAGCUUAACAGAAGAAAAAAACCUCAUAAUAAAGGAAUUCGAGAAGAUACCUAAGCCAGGGGAAAUGGAGAAGAAGAUGAGAGUGUUGAAAGAAAGCACUGAGGAAUUACGGAAGGAAAUAAUGCAGAAGAAAUUAGAAAUUAAAAACUUACGGGAAGAUUUGACAUCGAAGCAAAAGCAAUUAGUAAAGGAGCAGAAGGAACUAGAAGAAUUGUUAGAGUAUCAGGUCAACCUAAAGGAUGAAGUGGUCCACCACCAAACCAUUCCUGUACAAAUUGGAAAAGAGAUAGAAAAAACAACACGCAAAAAAGUAGAAAUGGAAAAGAAAAAACUUGUCUUAGAACGUGAACUCAAAGAGCUAAAUGACUCCCUAAAGAAAGUUGAAAACAAAAUUAAUGCUGCAAUGGAAGAGAAGGAGGAAGUAAUAAAGGAAGUUGAAGGCAAACGAGCUUUACUCGAAGUCAAAGAGCGAGAAUAUAACCAAUUGGUCAAGCUAUUGGAAUUAACCAGAGAGAGUGAAGCAACUUCAGUAACUGAGAGAGGGAUCUUGGAUCUCAAUUUACGAAACUGUCUCAUUGACAAGCAGAACUACCAUGAUGAACUUUCUCGUAAGCAAAGAGAGAAAGAACGAGAUUUUCGAAAUUUAAGAAAGAUGGAGCUGCUCCUGAAAGUGUCCUCGGACGCACUCACUCAGACACAAGCCCUGCAUCGAAGGCUGCUGUUGGAGAUGGAAGCUAUCCCUAAAGAUGACACUACAGUAUCUGAGAGACGCAGAGAACUCCACAAGGAAGUUGAAGUAGCUAAAAGGAAUUUGACCCAACAGAAAAUCCUAUCAGAAGCUGAGUCUAAGUUAGUGGAACAGCAACUUGCAGAAGAAAACAAGCUUCUGAAGGAGCAAGAGAACAUGCGAGAUCUGGUGUUCAACCUCGUCCGACUGACGCAAAUCAAAAUUGAUGAGAAGGAGCAAAAGUCCAAGGACUUCCUGAAAGCUCAGCAAAAAUAUAACAGCAUUGUUAAGGAGAUCAAAGCUAAGGAUCUUGAAAUCAGGAUACAUAGGAAGAAAAAACGUGAAAUUCAUCGGAGACUCAGAGAGUUUGCUAAACUGUAUGACACUAUUCGAAAUGAAAGAAACAAACUUGUUAACUUACUUCACAAAGCUCACCAGAAAGUAAAUGAAAUCAAAGAAAGGCAUAAAAUGAUAUUAAAUGAACUGGAAAUUUUAAGAAAUAGUGCAGUUACUCAAGAAAGAAAGCUACAAAAUUCUAUGCUGAAACAUGCCAACAAUGUUACCAUCAGACAAAGCAUGCAAAACGAUGUGUGCAAAAUUGUAGCAAGACUCCAAGAAAUGAAAGAGAAGAAGGAAGCACGCUUAAACAACAUUGACAGACUCGCCAACAUGAUCACGAUGAUUGAGGAGGAGAUGGUGCAGCUUCGCAAAAAAUACGAGAAAGCCGUUCAGCAUCGAAAUGAGAGUGGUGUUCAGCUAAUAGAGCGGGAAGAGGAAGUGUGCAUCUUCUAUGAAAAAGUGAACAUCCAAGAGAAGAUGAAGCUAAAUGGAGAGAUUGAAAUACAUGUCCUGGAAGAGAAGAUCCGUUUCCUGAAACUGAAGAUUGCUGAGAAGCAAAGACAGAUUCACGUGACCCGGAAGUUACUGCCAGCCAAGCAGUCCCUGGACGCAGACCUCGCCGUGCUCCAGAUUCAGUUUUCACAGUGUACAGACAAAAUAAAAGACCUGGAGAAACGGUUUGUAAAUCCUGAGAGUGAGAACAGAACCCGCUUCCUUCCGGGGAAAGACAUGACUGAAGAGGAAAUGGUCAAAAAAUUAGACGAGAUGAAUGGCUACCGGAAGAAGAUCAAAGAUGCUACUGAAAAAAUGAUGGCUCUUGUUGCCGAGCUGUCCAUGAAGCAAGCUCUGGCCAUUGAACUCCAAAAGGAAGUCAGGGAGAAAGAAGAAUUCAUCUUCUCUUGCAAUUCCAGGAUAGAAAAGGGUCUGCCACUCAAUAAAGACAUUGAGAGAGAAUGGUUGAAGGUACUUCGAGAUGAAGAAAUGUAUGCCUUGGCCAUCGCUGAAAAGUCUCGGGAGUUCUUGGAAGCAGAUAAUCGCCAGCUGCCCGAUGGUGUUUACACGACUGCAGAGCCGCGUCCAAAUGCCUACAUCCCAGAGGCUGAGGCCACUCUUCCUUUGCCAAAACCGUAUGGCGCUCUGGCUCCUUUUAAGCCCAGUGAGCCUGGGGCCAAUAUGAGGCACAUAAGGAAACCUGUUAUAAAGCCAAUAGAAAUCUGAGUAUGUGACCAAUGCAGGCUUCUCGAGGAGUUGUGUCAACCAGGCUUCCUCAUAUCUACAGCUGGAAAUGUCAGUGUAAUCGCUCCAAACUACACACAAACAUGGCAUCCAUCAUCAACCACGGAGGGCCACACGGCAUCCUUUCACACCGACCUGUCACCAGGCUUCAUGUGACGUUGAGUAGGACACAGAAUUGUCCUACAACUAUGUCAAAGAGGAUAUCUGCAUUGCCCAUUUCUGUCUUUUUCACUCUGUAUAUUGACUACCUUUCAGAAAUAUAUAGUAGGCCAGGCCCUAUGAAAACGCAAUAAAAUAAAUCAGUUUUCAAUGACAUACAGAAA